AUGGGUUCUGAACGAAAUAGCAAUUUCUGGACUGAUUUGGAAUUAAAAUUACGUACCUUGGAGUGCCAUUGGUUUAAUGAUGCAGCAAAUGGUGUCAAGAAAGACUAUUGUAUGAAUAGUUCUAUGUUAUUUGGUGUUGAAAAACUGAUAGGCAAUCACCUUGCCCUUUGGUCAGAUUACUGGCUUAGUUCCUCCAGUCACAUUGUUUGUACCUUGGCAGAUCAUGCGUUACUUAGUCUGUCUUUGCAAAAAUUAUGGGGCAGAAGUAGAGUAUCUUCUGCCAAAAAUGCAGAAAAGAUAUUUAAUCCUGUACGUUUUGAUGGGACUAACUAUCAUGUAAAACGCAAAUAUCGCAAGGACAAGGAUAACAUUCUGCAGUACGAUGGUAUGUCGAAGGUUGCUGUUAGUGAAUAUGCACCAAUACGCCUUGAGUAUGCACAUAGACAUUUGAAAGUGUUGUUUUAUAUUCAAAGGUACACUGCUGAUAACUUCGCUGUUGUGGGCAAUAUGCAGUCAUUAAUGCUUCAUUGUGCUCAAACAGUAACAGCAGCAGAACGUUGCUUAUUUAUAGCUAAUAGUCAUUUAGAAGUUGUAAACUAUUUAGUUUGGGUUUAUCGCGGCAAAUUGAGAAAGGUGGCGGCAGUAGAAUGUAAACAAGUCCAAGAGCUAAAGGCAUUAACUGGAUAUUUUUUACAACUUUGUGCGGCUUAUGAAUAUAUGAGAGUUGCUUUUUUUACUCGCAAACGAAAACGACUUGCCACAAUCAGAAUUUCUGAAGGAAAGCCAGUCUGUCUUCGCGGAAAAAAGAACUUUCCGCGAGAAUAUUGGGUGAAACCAGGAAGAACGAGUAUUUGGUGGAAAAACUUCCUGUUCAACAAAGUGGUCAACAACGACUGGAAAGAAUGUUUUCGUAUGUCAAAAACAAACUUCAGCAAGUUAUGUAACCUUCUGCGACCAUUCAUUUUCAAACAAACAACUGUAAUGCGUGCAGCAAUAUCGGUUGAAACUCAAGUUGCUCUUACUCUGUACUACCUAUCUGAUGAAGGAAGAAUGCGAAAGACAGCGAAUGCGUUUGGUAUUGGUAAGAGCGAAGUUUCGGUAGUUGUUAAGCGAGUGUGUAAAGCAAUUUGUGAUCAUCUUGGACCCAGGUUGAUAUCUUUGCCCAUGACUAUCGAUAGAGUUAAUGAAAUGACCACAAAAUUCGAGAGCAGUCACGGUUUCCCUCAAUGUUUAGGGGCUGUGGAUGGAACUCAUGUUGAUAUAAAAUGCCCAAAAGACAACGCAAGUGAUUUCAUUAAUCGAAAAGGACGCUAUUCUAUUAAUGUUCAGGCAUGUGUGGAUUACAGGUAUUGCUUUUUUGAUGUAGUCGUGCGUUGGCCUGGGAGUGUGCAUGAUGCACGAAUUUGGGGGAAUUCUGUUGUCAAUGACCAGUUAAGGGCAGGUGCAAUCCCACCUAAUCCGAAAGUGAUUGUUCCAGGAGAAACACCAGUGCCAGUGUGUUUGUUAGGUGACCCUGCUUAUCCACUUCUCCCAUAUCUUAUGAAAGAAUAUGCAGCUGGAGGAAGUAAUCCUCAGGAAUAGUUUUAUUCAUACCGAUUAUCUUCGGCUAGGAUGGUAGUUGAAUGUGCUUUUGGUAGACUCAAGGGCCGCUUUGGGAUACUGAAGAAACAGAUGGACACAAAAUUAGAAGACACAUUGCUUAUAAUAUAUGCCUGUUUUAUCUUGCAUAAUUUUUGUGAACAUAACAAGGAAACAUUAUCUAAUGAUAUAACUCAAACAGUAAAUCAAGAACAAACCAACAGCAACCUCUAACUACAGUUGAUGCACACGCCAGCACUAGCAAUGAUAUGGGAGGAAAACCAAAUCGAAAAAUAUUUACGAAGUACUUUGAAUGAAGGCACCAAAAACAUUAUUCCUACAUCAAACUAUACCAUAGCUAUAGUUUUAAUAUUU